CAAAGCUCAAUACAACAACAGUUAAAGAUGGAAAACUACCAGCAUGCUGUGUUUUUUGAGGCAAAGAGUCUCUCAGAUGAAGAACUUAGACAAAUACAACUAUACUUCAAAAUCAGGAGAAGGUCUGGAGGAGGAGACUGUGAGAUCUACAAAGUGGGUAACAGCACCUACAAGAUAAGUUUUAUGAACAAAAAUGCCCAGGAAAGAGUACUAGAACGAAAGGAUCAUGUCAUCAAAGUAGAAGGACAAGAGGAUAUCCAUGUUUCAUUAAGUCUUGAAAAUGUCACUGAAAGCAGUGAACAACCUACAGCAUCUGCAAAUCAGAAAUGUCCUAAAAGUGUGGAGAAGGUUUUGAAACUGAACCAUUAUCUACUACGCUUCUUCAGUGAAUGUAAAAGCCCAUAUUCAGAUUUGGAAAAACGCCUCUCUAAGGUCUCCAGCACCUUUGAGAUCAACGCUGACUGUGAAGAGUUGGUGGUGACGAGGGACCCAGCUGCAGCAGAUGUUUUUCCCCUGAAGAAAUGGGAAUUUGCAGUGGAUGAAGUGUUUGAGACUCUAAAGUCACGCUAUAUAAUCCACUUCGAGGUUGAAAGAGAUAAAUCUGUAAGUCUCGAAGAAAACUCUUUCCUCCAAAGUGAUAAUUUAAAAAUAUUUUUUGAAGAACUAACAUGUUUAGCUGUGGUAGUCGGAGAACGAACAGAAGUUGAGAAGAGAUUAAAAUUUCUAAGCGGUUUGAAGGAAAAACUGCAGAUUCAACAAGAGUGUUGCAUGUCUGAGAAACAAUAUGGCCUCAUCAAAGAACGGUUUGAGCAAUACAUAAAAACUAAAUUACCUGCUCUUAAGAUCGAACAGGAAAGAGCAGGUGUUCUCCUUCUGAAGGGUCCUGAGAAAGAGGUUCAUGCAGGUGAAGAAGAGCUUUUGAAAUUGGCACUAGGAAUCAGAGAGAAGAGGAUCCCAUGCCAUCGUGCUGUUAUGACCUUCAUGGAAUCAAGUGGCAGCAUACAGCACUUCCAAAACCGAUUUCAGCAGAGCCUCUGCAGCCCAGUUAUGCUCGAGACUUCAGGUUCAGACCUUCUUCUGCUGAGUCUGUCUGAUGGAGCACUAGAGGAGGCGGCCGCUGCUGUGCAGAGAGACGUGUGUUUGGAGAAUGUGCGUCUGGAAAACACUCAGAAAUCAUCUGCGUUUACUAAACUGAAGGAGGAUUUGAAUGAAGCCGUCGAUCAAGCCAAUCGUGGAAGUGUUAAAGUGGAGCUUAAAUACCAGGAUGAAUCAACUACUAACCCCAAAGUGCAACUUGUGGGCUACCCUACUGAAGUUAAUAAGCUGAAGAAGAUUGUGCUGGAAUACAAACGAAACCAUCAGAACCAUCACACCUCCCUGCCUCUUCCCAGGCCAGAAAUGGCAGAGCACUUCUCUGAUAUCUUGGCAAUGGCCGGUGUGAAGAAGAGCAGUGUGGAAAUAAAGCCAACAUUUUUGCCUUUCCCAUGCGUCCACCUCACAGGACCUUGCUGUGAAGUUGAGAGUUUAAAAGACAGCCUUAAGUCAUUUCUUCAGAGUCUUGCCACUAAACGUUGUGAAGUGAAAGGACCUGGAGUUCAACAAUUUUUUCAAAGUGAAGAUACAAGGACCUUGCAAUUAGUCAAGAAUUCUUACAGGGUUGUGAUACUUCCUAUUGAUGAUGUGCCUAGAUACAUAAGGAGUACCAGUCUCCUGCCAGUUGCAUCUGUAUCUUCCCCAGACUCUAUGGAGUCUGAUAAAGAGAUAAACAUUAAAGUUGUGGUUGGUAGUCUUGAGCAACAACAGGCAGAUGUGUUUGUUGCUCCAAUGAUCAAAACAAAAAUGACCUCAACCUUGAUUGGAUCAUCCCUGUUGAAUAAAGCAGGACAGCAGCUUCAAAAUAACUUCAAAAGGGCAAAGGGAAAUCACACUCUUAAGCCUGGAGAAGUGCUACAGGUGGAUGGGACACAAGCGCUGGGAUGCUCCAAGAAUUUUUUUAUUGGGUUUUUCAUUGUACAUUGGAAAUUCCCACAUUUAGCUAACACUUCUAAGGUUUCUUACAUCAUGUCUUUAACUGUCAACACAGCUCUGUUUCAUUCACUGACCUCUGACCUUGAUGAGAUCAUCAUGCCAGUAGAUGGGAUUGAACUCCAUCUAGUGUUUGGAGACAUCACUAAUGAGACAACGGAUGCCAUCGUGAACACCACUGACUUUAAGGACUUCCAGACAGCUGGAGUGUGUAAGGACAUCCUUACUAAGGCAGGACCUCAAAUCCAGGCUCAACUGACAGGCGCUCAGGUAGCAAGAGGGCAGAUCUUCACGACCCCGCCAGGAGGCUUCCCCUGUAAGACGAUCAUGCAUAUUUGUGGACUGAGGGACCCUGAUGUUAUCAAGACCCUGGCAAAAGAAAUAGUGGUUCAAAGUGAGCAGGGCUGCUGCAGGUCUGUGGCCAUUCCUGCGAUCUGUGCUGGACAAGGAGGCUUGGAUCCAUGUGUGGUGGCUAAAUCCAUUCUAGAGGGAGUAAAGGAUGGAGUUCAAGGAGCGAAUCUUCAACAUCUCAAAAGCAUUCGAAUCGUUCUGCUGAAGAUUAAUGUUUUCCUGGCUUUCAAAGCAAUGGCAAAGCAAAUCUUUGGUGCUCUUGCACCCCUUGCACCUACGAGUGUAAUCACCAGAGGGCGCAGUGGAUCAACUCGAUCAAGAUCACAUUCCUUAACCUCACCAGUCACUUCAGACUUCAGUUCUCUAAUGAAGUCAUUGCCUGACACAGAGAGCAGAGCAGCAUUUCUAGUCAUUGGUUACAUAAAUAAUGUGUCUAAUGCCUGUAGAGAAAUACAGCAGGCAUAUAAGAGCCAGUGCUGCACACAUACUAUCUUUCGUGAUGAGAUCAGGUGUCUCACUGAAGAUGAGAAGAAACAGCUGUACUCUAAAGUGAGUUCACUGCACUUGCAGAUAGAGCAGAUCAGCUCUGAUAGAUGGGUAGUAAAAGGACUGAAGGAUGGAGUGAAUGAGGUGGUUAGACUGAUACAAGACGCACUUCGUAGACAGGUAAGAGACAAGGAGCAGUCCAUCCUCUUCAGUCAAGUCACGUGGUGCAUUCUGGGAUCACGUGGUGUUUGGCAGAAGGUACCAAAAGAUGUGAAUUAUCUGCUUGAGAAAGGAGAUGUGAAAGAUGGAAUUGUGGAUGCACAGGGUGUGAAAUGGACUGUGAAUCUGGGAAAGAUGGAGGCAAAUGCAUGUCAUUCAGGAGAGGUGACCGCUCUCAAGCGACUGGAGAACCUUUCAGAUUUCUCUUUGCCAAUCUACUGGAACAACAUGAGUCAAGGUGACUCCUUACAGGUGAAUGAACUAGAUCAGUCAUCCACAGAGUACCAGACUGUGAAGGCAGACUUCAAGAAGACUGUCCCAAAAACAGUGCUCAAGAUCCAGCGCAUCCAGAACAUGAAUCUCCGGCGGUUAUACGAGGGGCGUAAAAAAGAGCUGGAGGACAAAAAUGGUUCUGUGGGAGCAGCAGAGAAGAUGCUUUAUCACGGCACAUCAGAGGAAUCCUGCUCAUCCAUCAUCAAGUCAAACUUUAAUCGCAGUUUUUCAGGGCAAAAUGCCACCAACUAUGGACAUGGGACGUACUUCGCUGUGAACGCCAGCUACUCUGCCCAAAAUAAGUAUGCAGUUGCUGCAGCAGACGGGACACAGCUCAUGUUUGUGGCUCGUGUGCUUACGGGUUACCACACUCGGGGUAAGGCAGACAUGAAGACGCCCCCUGUUCGUGAGGAACCGGACCGAUAUGACAGUGUGGUGGAUAGUUUGCAGAAUCCCUCCAUGUUUGUGAUUUUCCACGACUGCCAGGCUUAUCCAGACUACCUCAUCACAUUCAAGUGAACAUUUAAAUGUAAAAAUUUAGGGGACACUUAUAUUCAGAGGGUUUGAGUUAGUUACAGUACUACACACCUUUUUUUUUUUGCUUUAUGUCACAACUAACUACGGCUACACAACAGACAUGAGUGUAUAUUUCAGAUUAUAUCAACUUUAUAGCAAAUAAAAAUGAAUGGUUUUCAGAAAAUCAUGAAAUGCACAAGAACGUAUGAGCAGAAAAUGUGCAAUAUUAACUGACAAAGCUGUAGAUUGUGGAACACAGUAUCAUAUGAAAUACUCCUGUGAGCAGUGGCGGCUCUAGACAAAUUUUACUAGGGGGGCCAAGGAGGGGCCAGUGUUUAACCAGAGGGGCACAUUAAAAAUGGCAACAUAUUUUAUUUAAAUGUAAU